AUAACGUUUAAAACCCAACGUUUUUUGCUACAACCCCGAUGGCUGUUUUUUUUCUCUUUAUUAUUUACAACUUAUUAUGUUUUAUUACGCCUUCUAACGCUUGCCAGUCAAACUCCAAAUGUUCAUGGACUGUAUGUCAUACUUCCUAUUCAGAAUAUUUGCCUAAGCCGAAUCCCGGGUCGUGUACAUUGCAAACGUCUAAUGGACGCAAUACCAUAACAACACAUAGCAAAAGUGGAAACUGCCCUAAAAAUCAAGGUUGUUCUGAACCUGCUAGGUACAGAACAUGGUGUUUAUGUCAAGAGGUAGAUAGUUGCUGGUGGAGUACCUGGAGUGAAUGGUCUGGAAAUAUAAAUCAAGGUUCUUGCGGACAUCAGCGUCGGUACAGAAGUGCUCAGAAAGUAUUUAAGUACAUAGAAAAACCAAACUGCCAUAAUGCAGUUGUUAACUGCAAAAAUGAUCAAGACUCUGAAAGCAGAACAUGGUGCAGUUGUAAAAAGAUUAACUCAUGUCAAACAUCUGAAUGGACACUAUGGAGUUCUUUUCCGAAUCCUAACACAUGUUCUACGCAAACAAGAAAACGUGAUUUAGUUGCAACAUAUAUCUAUGAAGGUCAAGAAAACAACUGCGAUGGUAUAACUGAUACAUGUCCUAAUAGAAGUCUGGAUGACCUAAGAGUAUUGUGUAACUGUCCAUUCAAAGAAUGUAUUGAAGGGGAGUGGACUAGUUGGGAACUACAUACUUGGAAUGGCAACUGCCCAACUGAACGAAGACUAAAACAGUAUAGAGAAGUUGUAAAAUAUAAAGAAGCGUUUGUUAAUUGUGAUGGUGUAGGGCCUAAAAUAUGUCCAGAUCCUGUUGGUCAUUUAAGAGAUAAAGAGAUCACAUGUCCUUCGCUUCCAGCUCCUUUGUAUGGAAAACAUGAUAAUCUUGCUUGCAAUGGGGUUAAUAGUAAAUGCCAAUCUAUAUGCAAAAUAUCCUGCAAUAAAGGUUUUAAACUGUCUGGAAGUAGUUAUUUAACAUGCCAAGGAAAUGGAAGUUGGAAUGGUGUGCUUGGAACAUGCAAGGAUAUAGAGCCACCAACGAUUAUUUGUCCAGUUUUGAAGUCUGAAUUUUUUAAUUUACCAAACACAAAUUAUAGUAUAAUUGAUUUACCUGAAGCAACAGCUACUGAUAACAUUGGUCUUGCACCUAAAAUAACAGUGGAUAAAUCUUCACCACUAAAGGUUUUUGUCAAGAAUGAUGUUCUCGUAAAAUAUACUGCAACAGAUUCAUCAGGAAACCAGAGAUCUUGUGAAGUCAAGCUUUCAGUCAAAGACAAUGAACCACCAAAGAUUGUAAGCUGUCCAUCUGAUAAAGUUUUUCAGACAGGACAAAUUCCUUAUGAAGUUUAUUGGGAUGAACCAAUUUUUCACGAUAAUGUUGAUGAAUUCCAUGUAAAUGUUUUUCCAAGUCAUCAAAGUGGAAGUUAUUUCCCACGUGGAAAACAUACUAUUACGUAUUUAGCAAGAGACCAAUCAUUUAACAUUGUCAACUGCACAUUUACUGUACAAGUAGACUUGAAAGCUUGCCCUUUAUAUGAUCCACCAGAGAAUGGUGCGUUAAAAUGCAAUAUUAUGAAAAAUGAUGUAGUUGAAACAUACAUCUGCACAGUUUCUUGCAAAGCUGAUCAUUGGUUCUUACAAGGAGAUGAUUUGCCUCAAUUUUACAACUUUUAUGUUUGCGGUGAGGAAGAACAAUGGAGAGGGCAAAAUGAAAUCAGUUCAUCAAACCCUGUUUUUUUUGUCCCUAUACAAAAAGGAAACAAGCCAUGGCCUGAUUGCUCAGUUCAAAAUGUCGCUGAAAAUAUCAAAACUCACUUUCAAAUGUUUGCGGGAAAAUGUGGAGAUGCAACCCAGCAAUUGCAUAUGAAGCAGGCAUUUAUAAAUGCCAUGAAAAAUGACAUUGUUAUUGAUAACCUGUUUUGUAAAUUGUCCGAUGAUCAUUGUACUGUUGAAAAUAUUGUUAUUGUGUGUUCUCCAAAUUCCUACAAUGCAUUAAAUAGUAUGACCAUUGAAUUUACUUUAAAUAUCUAUGCUAAAAAUCAAAACAUAACUAGAUUAACACAAAAUAUUGUAUCAGCCAUGAAAUCUUCUGUUAAUGAAAAGGUUUUCAAAGGAAUUUUCACUGAUUAUAAAGGUUUUGUAUCAUCGGCCUCAGUUGUUACUUGUAGAGAUGGUUAUGAAUAUAAACAAAUUAAUGAAAGCAAUAAAGAAAAGCAAUGCAUUCAAUGCGGUCGUGGAAUGUAUUUUGAUCGCAGCAGUUCCAAAUGUAAAGUUUGUGAUAUUGGAACUUACCAGUCCCAAGAAGCUCAAACAUUUUGUAUCAAAUGUCCAAAUAACACUUCAACAGUGGGUAAAUACGCCAAAGAUUACCAACUAUGCAAAGCUAUGUGCAAACCUGGUACUUAUUCUGCUAAUGGCUUGGAAGUUUGUUACGCUUGUCCAAUUGGGACUUAUCAACCUAUGAGAAUGAGUACACACUGCAUUCCCUGCCCACCUGGUAAAGUGAACUCUAAUGUUGGAUCUACGACUCAGGAUGAAUGUUUGUUAGCUGGCUUAGAUAUCAUCAUACGAUCUGAGGGGUGUGGAGAUCCUGACAUUACAAAAGCUUGUGGAAUUUCAACCAUUUUUGUAAAUAGCAUUCAAUACAGCUUGAUGAAAAGAGGAAUGAACUUUGUUGCUGUAAAUGGGUACACUGGAAAAUUAAUUGAAAGUGUUGCAUUUGAUUGGCACGAAGACUUUUUAGCAUGCGAAAAAACUUACAGUUGGGUGGAAAAGUUACAGAACAGCUCUAUCAUUUUGGUUGCUGCACAAGAUGAAGCCACUAACGUUGCGUUUAACAAGUGUUUCGCUGCCCUUCAAAUUCUUGGUGGAAAACCUCCUUUUCAAAGAGAAUAUCGGUCCUCUUUUGCAAUGAUUGGCUUUAAAGGUAUACAUUCUGAAACAAUGAUCGAGCAAAAAAAAAACGGUUUUGGCAUGGGUUCAACAACGAUUACUAAAAACAUACAGUUACUAAUGAAAAAUUAAAAUACAAAAGGUUUUUUUUGGUUAAAUUUUAAUAUCACUUUUUUUUGA